AUGGAUCGCCGGAACGAGGGUGGCGGCUGGGAGCGGGCAUACCGCUGUCCCCUCACCGACCGCUACCUGGAGCGGGCAUUCCUCAGCCGCUUGGCCGUCCGCGUGAGUGCCCCAUCUACGGGUAGGAGAUCGCCCAAUAAGUACGAUUUCCAUCCCUGCAGGCCUCUGAAUGCACGCAAGCGAUGCAUACGCUCCGCAGAGGUUGUGGAUGUGCUCAAUCCACGCGAGAUCCUCACACGCCACACCCUCGACUCGAAGUUGACGAAGAAGUUUACGUUUGAUCGGAGCUUCGGCCCCGAGUCCAAGCAAUGCGAUGUCUAUGCGGUGGUGGUGUCGCCCCUGAUCGAAGAGGUGCUAAGCGGCUACAAUUGCACGGUGUUCGCGUACGGACAGACGGAUACUGAACAGAAC